GGUGGGAUUAGAAGAGGUCUGGAAGCAGUGUUUAAGCUGUGUUUACAGUAAGCACUGAGAAAUAACUUUGGCUAAAAGUGUUUGUUACUGCUCAGCCUUUUGAUGUGCUCUUAAAAAGUAGCACAAAUACAUCACCGCCCAGUCUUCAACAUAAUAAUAGGCAGACCCAUAUAUUUGUUGCUAAAGUGUAUUUCUUUUCUGUUCCCUUCAAAAAAUGUCUACUUGGGUUUUUAAAAGUUUUGGAGAAGAAAACCCUCAAACUUUCCCCAAGGUCCUCCCUGACUUGACACAUUUUUUAACCACAAGGGAGCAGUGUUCCCUUUGAUGAGGUCUUCUCUCCAACUCUCCAGAAAUGAAAGAGCAAGUUUAAGUUUGCAAACAGUAUAAAAGCUCCUUCCAUUAGCCCUGGACGCCGGAAACCACAAAGGGUAGUCAAGUUUUGAUUUUCAAGGAGAAAGCCUCUGGUAAACUUUCGCUCAGCCGCCAGUAGAUCUGUUGGUUCCUGGGAGGAGCUCUUCUGAAACCUUGAAGAUUCCUGUGCUCAUGAAGACCCAGAGCGGUGGAUUACAGUAAUUGCAAAGCUUUUGGUGGCUUUGGAAGAUUACUCAGUGUUUGGUGUGCAUUCUCAUUUCCAGGCCACGGGACCGAGGGAGGAACCCCUUUUGUUAUCUUUUGAAAUAAGAAGAUCAGAAGGGAAGAGAGGGUUUGAAGUGUGGAUUAGAGGGGGUCCUAAAUCUUCGCCUAUCACCUCCACCUGGAUCAUUAUAAAAAGAUCGAGGAGUGCAAUGAAUUUAGGGAAUCCUGCAACGUUUUCUUGAAGCUUGUUCUGAAACCUAGCUUCCGGACCCAGAAACUUCUCCAAAAGCUGACCAGCAGUAUCAGGCAGUCUGAAUGGACCAGGAUAUCCGCUUUGAAGAUUUUCAGUCAUCUUCUGCUGGGAGAUUAACCUCUGGGGUGAUUGGUUUUCUUUUUGGCGAAUGAUGGAGAAACUUCCACAGACCGGACUGCUGACCCUGCCGCAUCACCUGCGCCAGGUGCCUCUGGGCGUGCCGAGGUCCCUGCCCCGCCUCCCCCUGCGGGACUCCUUCAGAGUCUCCGCGAGUCCGGACCCCGCGGGUUGGGAGCGGGCGCUCGGCGGCGGCGGCGGCGGCGGCGGCGCCCCGAGGCGGCCCUACCUGCCCCUACGGCUGGACGGCGCCUUCGAGCCCGCCUUCCUCCGCAAGCGCAACGAGCGCGAGCGGCAGCGGGUGCGCUGCGUGAACGAGGGGUACGCGCGCCUCCGAGACCACCUGCCCAGAGAGCUGGCGGACAAGCGCCUCAGCAAAGUGGAGACUCUCCGCGCCGCCAUCGGCUACAUCAAGCAGCUCCAGGAGGUGCUGGAGCGCCACGCACGGGCACAGGAGGGUGCGGCCGGUGCCAGCUCCUCGCGCAGGGCCGAAUGCAACAGCGACGGCGAGUCCAAGGCCUCAUCGGCGCCUUCGCCCAGCAGCGAGCCCGAGGACGGGGCCAGCUAGCGAGCGUCCCCCGCGCCCGGCCCUCCCGCGGCUCUGCGCGCAUUUGGCGUCUGCUCUAAGGUUCCCUCCGGAGGUAGCUUGCAUUUGCUAUCUUACCCCCCCUCCCCCGUCCCGCCGCCACCCCUGCUCUCCAGAAGUAAAUCUUAGGAAAUAGGAAUGAGUGCUCUAGGGAGACAUUCUAUUUGUUUCCAUCCACACCCCACCAUCACCACCCCUUAUUUGGUAUGUGCCUGCAACAAAGAUGCUAAGGAAACUGCCUAUAUCAAAUAAAAGCUGUACCAGACUCAAGGGCUUCCCUGAUGGAUCAGCGGG